CAGCUUAUGCAGAAUCUAUGACGCCUAAUUAUCUACAGGAAGAAAAUGUGAAUGUUCUCAGGUGGUUCAUUAGUCAACUGGAGAAACCACCUACACCUCAAAGCCCAUCUUCAAAUGAACAUGACACAACAGGUAACCAUGAAGAGGGCCCAUCCGUAACACUUCCGAUUAAGAAAAGGAGAAGAAGCAGAAGGAUAGAUUUAGGUGAAAAUAGUGGGGAUCCAAACAUUGAACCAUUUAAUAGCAGCGUCACAGAGGUUGAAGAGUUUCGAAAUGAGGAAACACACCAAAAGAACAGGAGAAGAAGCAUAAUGAAUGAUGAGCAAAUUGAUAUCAUUGAAGAGGCUUUACUUCAUCAGCCUGUUUUGCGGAUGGCAGACCGUUCUUUACAUCGUUUGGCCGCUGAAUUGAGUCUUCAUGGCUCAGAAGUUACCGCAACCCAAGUAAAGAAUUGGUUGAGUAACCGCAAGGCCAAACGAGCCCGCGAAGCUGCUAUGGAACUCACCCAAGACGUUGCAGUCCCCACAAAUCGUUUUGAACGUAAGGUUGGGCAAACUGUUAUGUUCACAGAUGCUGGUGGUGAAGAGAUCGGAAGAGGAAAGAUACAUCAAAUCAGAGGUGUAUGGUUUGGAAAGAAUUUGGAUGAAUUAAAGCUAUGUUUGUUGGAUGUUACGAAUCUUGAGGUGUGGGACGGCAGCCCGCUCCCGCACCCAACUGAUAUCAUGACCACAUUUCUUCAGGCGAGAGUGAUCCUUGGUAAAACAAGGAUAUUGUGGGAUUCCAGCCGACUUAUUUUGAUCAGUCAGUAGAUGACUAGAUGACAGAUUAACAUUUC